AUGAAGUUCGCCUCCGCCGUUACUAACCUCGUUGUCGCCUUCGUUGCUGGCUCCGCCGCCGCCGACAUCGUGCCAGGCAACCCCGCCGGCGGCUGGUUCAAGAAGAGUUGCAAGGAUUAUAAGUUGACUUUGCGUCCGAAGGGGGGUGAGGGCAAUGGCAAUGGACAGCUUGUUUCCCUCGAAGCUUCAUGCCGAGCCAGAGAUGGCACUUACAAGGAUAACACGCUCGAUCUCGCGCUCUGCAUUGGCAACUUCGAUGGCCAAAUGGGAUGGCGAAAGUUGGGCCUCUUCGACGACGAAUGCGGACACUGCAAGAUCGUCGACCAGGAGAAGGAUCAGUAUGACAUGGAAUGCCUCUGCAAGUCAGUCAGUCAGUUUAAGGACCCGACGAGCACCAUCAAUCUCAACGGGAAGAUCCGUAACGAGGACGGUAUCCUCUGGUGCGGCUAUCUCUCGAGCGAAUACCAGCCACCUGCGUAG